AUGGCCGGUUUAAAAGACGUUGUCACUCGUGAAUAUACCAUCAAUUUACACAAAAGGUUACAUGGUGUCAGCUUCAAGAAAAGAGCUCCAAGAGCUGUCAAGGAAAUCAAAAAGUUCGCCAAAUUGCACAUGGGUACUGAAGAUGUUCGUCUAGCCCCAGAAUUGAACCAAGCCAUCUGGAAGAGAGGUGUUAAGGGUGUUGAAUACAGAUUGAGAUUGAGAAUCUCCAGAAAGAGAAACGAAGAGGAAGAUGCCAAGAAUCCAUUGUUCUCUUACGUCGAACCUGUCUUGGUUGCCACUGCUAAGGGUUUACAAACCGUUGUCGUUGAAGAAGAUGCUUAA